ACCCUAACACCCCCCCAAGUCAAUCUUUUCCUCCUCCAUCCCCAAAUCUCCUCCUGCAAAACCCUAGCUUCCCAAAUCUUCCUCCCCCAUUUCUCGUCACCGCUCACCAACAAUGUCUCUGAUCUCCCGCCUCCGCCAAGCCUCCCUCUCCCACUGCCGAUUCUCCACCCUCCUCUCGCCGGACUCCAAACCCCUCUCCGCAAAGGAAAAAACCAGAGCAGCCCUGGCCCUAAUCAAGACCGAGAAAAACCCUAGCCGCAUCGUCGAGCUCUGCAAGGCCGCCUCCCUCACCCCGGAGACCUACCUCGACCGUAUCACCCUCUCCGUCGCCGUCUCCAAGCUCGCCGACUCCAACCACUUCGACGCCAUUCGCCAAUUCCUCGAUGACCUCAAGACCCGCGCCGAUCUCAAGACGGAGCGUUUCGUCUCCCACGUCAUCGUUCUCUACGGCCAGGCCAAGAUGAUCGACUGCGCCGUCCGCUCAUUCAAGCAGUGCGACGAGCUCGGCGUCGCUCGCUCCGUUAGGGUUCUCAAUUCGUUGAUCUUUGCUUGCAUCCUCGCCAAGAACUACAAGGAGGCCAACCACGUCUUCGUUGAGUUCCCGAAGAUUUACGGGAUCGAGCCCGAUGUGGACACCUAUAAUUGGGUGAUCCGGGCGUUUGCGGAGUCGGGUUCGACCAGCGCCGCGUACUCGGUGUUGGGGGAGAUGGACCGGAAAGGCGUGAAGCCGAAUUCGACCACUUUCGGUAACAUGCUGCCUGGGUUCUCCUCGGAGGAGAAGUUCGAGGAUGUAGGGAAGGUGAUCAAUUUGAUGAAGAAGUAUGGGGUUCGUCAAGGGCUUAGCACAUACAACAUUAGGAUUCAGAGUUUGUGUAAACGAAAGAGGACUUCGGAGGCCAAGGCUUUGUUGGAUAGCAUGAUCUCGAGAGGUAUGAAGCCCAAUUCAGUGAGCUUUAACCAUUUGAUUUAUGGGUAUUGCAAAGAAGGGAAAUUGGAGGAGGCCAAGAAGCUGUUUAAGGAGAUGGUUUAUAGAGGUUGCAAACCUGAAAGUAACUGCUAUUUUACUCUGGUUUACUUUAUGUGCCAAGGCAAGGAUUUCGACGCUGCUUUGGAGAUUUGCAAGGAGAGCAUUGCGAAGAAUUGGGUUCCAAAUUUUUCGACGAUGAAAUCGCUUGUUGAGGGGCUUGUAAGUGCUUCUAGAGUAACUGAGGCACGAGAGCUUAUUUCCCAGGUCAAGGAGAAGUUUACAGUAAAUGUAGAUAUGUGGAACGAGAUUGAAGCUGGCUUGCCUCAGUAAGAAUUGUUUUGGUUAUGCUUCCAGUAGUUAGAUGAAACUUUGACCAAGGGGAUAUAUUUACAUUGAUGAAUGAGCUAUUUUAUCAGAGGUAGAGAACAGGAUUAGAUUUUCCUCGGUGAGUUGAUGAUGAGCACCUGUUACUGAAUCAAGACAACGCUUUUGUUAUAAUGCUUGCCUGAGGAGUGAGGAAUUUCUUUGUAUUGCAUUUGCUUCUUUUCACAAAAGUGAAAAUGCAUUGAGAUGAAAAUUUGGAGUCCAUUCGAUUUUCCUCUUAGAUAUUUGGUUGCUUUCUGCCAUCAUGUAACCAAACCGAAUAACAAGAUCAUAUUUAUUGAAACUUGGAUCAUAUUUUUG